AUGCGGCGCACACUUCGCUUUCUGGUGUACGAAAAGUUUGAGGGCACCAUUGCCGGGGACAAGGGGUACAUGACGUACCAGCAGGCGUGCUCCAUCUUUGGGUUUCAGAUGAGCGACCGGUUGGAGGCAGGUGAGAUCAAAAAGAGGUUUAACAAACUUGUGCUGCGGUAUCACCCCGACCGCGGCGGCACCAGUGAGCAGUUCCAGCUUCUCCGGGAGGCGCACAAGAUCCUCUUGACACACCGCCAUGACAAGGGCGACGCCGCCGGCGCGAAAGAGCGAGACAUAAACUUUAGGCGCGUGAAUUACGAUGCCGCGACGAACACGAUUCACAGAGAGACAGCGGAGAAUCCAGAGUACCGCUCGUUUAGCACGCAGGAUGUCGCUUUUUUCGUCGUCUUCCUCUCGCUCGUGAUGGGCUUUUACUUGUACCGGGCGUGGCGGACGCAGAUGCACGUGCUGCGUAGCAGGUGGAGCUACACGGAGGAUCGCCUGGGCCCAGAGGCGGCCCGUCAUGAUGUGAAGGCGUGGCAUCCGUGGGGCUCUGACCACGGCACACGGGACAUGAUGGAUGACAUUGGAAUCCUGCAGGGAAGCGUCAAGCGGGAGUUAGUGGAGGAAAAGCGGCUGCAGGCACCUACGGUAUACAUGCCAUGGCAGCCUGGCGGCCCAUUCGCGAAGGGGCAACGGGCUGUGACGGAGGAGGAGGCCUCACCGUCGAAUGGAGGAGGACAUUGA